AGUAAUUUCCCUCCUGUCUUCCUGCACUGGAUCCUACUCCAAGGGGUUGAGGAUUCGAUAACUAUGACUCAGAAGUGCAAGAAUAAAACAUGGCUGCAGAGAAGGGUGACGACGAUCCUGAGGGAAGUGCCUUGCUGGAGCUGCCCUUGGAAGCGGAAAAGGGAAACCCGGAGGCUGGCAUCCAGCCCCUGCCGCCAGAAAUCGACGCUUGCUGGAAGGCCGUUUUUCAUGAAAGCAUACAACGGAGGACCCUGACUCUGCAGGGCCAGACGGUGGAGAAACUCCACAAAGUCAAGCUGAGGGAGAAGAAGGUGGAGAAGAAGGAACCUGCGGACGGCUUAUCCCGCGAGUGGUUCAAUGACGAGUCGACGACCCUGGAAACUCGGACAUACUUGCUUGAAAAGCUGCUCCCUACCCUGAUUCCAGGGGUGGAGAAGCUGCUCCAGGUGGCGGAAAGAAAGGGAGCCCUGGAAACCACGGAAUUUGAGCCCCGUAAACUGGACCCCAUCAACUUCCUGGGGGAGUACCUGAUGAGGCACAACCCGUCCUACAAGAACUUGGCGAUGCCCAAUCCCUACGUGCGCGGAAUGAAGGCCAUCACGGAUGAGCUGAAGACACAGGUGCCCGAGACCACCAUGCACAAGUUAGCUCAGAUGAAGACGCUGGUCAAAGAGAAACGGGAGCAGAGGGAGCAGGUGCAGAAGAUCAAGGGAGAUGUCCAAGACAUGCGCAGGAAGGCGCUGGCCACGCAGUUCAAAGAAUGGACGCAGGACGUCUCCAGGCGGAUACCGCUUCUGCUGAUUCAAAGCGCCCUGAAAUCAUUCCUGGAGGUCGUCAGCUCGGCACCUGCAGAUCCCCAGACAGGAAUCUAUGCGCGACCCCUGGAAUCAGUCGGGACGCUGUCGGUGAAGGUGAAUGAAGAGGAGUUUGUGGAGUAUCUCCUUCCUUACAUCAAAAAUUUUACCAGCGACAUGUUCCAGCAGCUACUGCAGCACCUCCUGCAAUGUGCCAACAACACGCGAGAAGCGAUAAGACGUGAUGUGUGGAGGCAGAUGUUUCUCCAACUGUUUUUCGACUGCGACCAUGGAAAGGUGGGGCUCUUGGACAGACUGAGGAUCAUCUCUCUCCUGGAGACCUUCUACGACCACAGCUCAGCAAUUUCCAGGAAAAACUAUUGUGAACCCAGGAAAUGGCCCAUCACUGAACCGGACGAAGUGGAAAUGACCGAGUUCUGGGGGAACAUGGAAGACGACGGGCAGACGGAUUCAGAGCAGCCCACUCCCCCAUCUUUGAAGCCAGCGCUACGAUUAUCCGAGGAGGCCUUGCUCCUCAAUCUGAUGCUGAAAGACGUCCUCUCGGAUAUGCAAGUGGCCAUUCCCGAGGCAGCAGGUAUCCCAAAAGUUUCAGCAGCUGCAAGCCAACCCGAAACGGGGCUGGAGGAAAAGGUCGUCGCUGCAGAGGAGGGAAGUAAAGUCACGCUGGCAACGUCCACACAGGAUGGAGCAGAAAUACCGGCUGUGGAGCUGGAAACCGUUGGCCCAGAGGCUGAGGGGCAACAAACCCCAGCUGCUGAUGAGCCUGCUGUACCUGCAACCGAGGAAGGGGCUGCAGGGGAAGCCGCUGCCAAUGAAGCUGCUGCUGGGAACGCCGAGGAAGUUGCUGGGAACGCUGAGGAGGAAGCUGGCCCUGAAGCCCACCCCGCUGAGCAGGCUCUGGACAGUGAAGACGCCGAAGAGAAUGCAGGACCAGAAGCUUCUCUCGCUGAGAUAGCCCAGAGUUUGCAGCAGGCCCUGGACCAAGAACUGGGCCCUGACCAGGAGGCUGGCUCAGAGGAGCGUGAGAUCCUCACAGAGGAAGCCGGGGCAGAUGCGGCAGCCGCGCGGGAGCAGCCGGACGGCCAAGCAGAGCCCAGCAGCGAGGCAGCUGCGCCAGGGCAGCCCGGCAGCGAGGUGCGCCCAUGCGCCAGUACAGAAAGGCCGUCUGCCACAAGCAUGAGAAAACCACCAGCAAGCAAGGGCAAAGAUCUGCCCCCCUCGCCGCCUGCCACAGCCAGCAAGACAGCCGAGGGGGCACCGCAGCUGAUCUACGGCCAAAGAUGGUCAGGUGACUUCCAGACAGCCGACCUGUCCUUCAAAUAUACCGACUACGGCAAGGAGAUCCGGGAGGACUGGAACAAUGAAAACACCAGGUUCCCAGGCCUGCGCGGGAACAUGAUAGAGAUGCAGGCAUGCGGGCCCCCUUCGACCACGAGCGCCUUCGAAAAGCACUCGCUCAACCUGCCGCAGUUCGUGCAGCUCAUGGAGACCUUCGUGGGCGAGGAGCCCUCCCUGCCCAACUUGAAACGGCUUGUGGAGUUCGUCAGGGAAGGCUACGUGCAGACCGAGGAGGAGAAGAUCGAGCAGCUGGAGAGAGUUCACCACCAGUCCUCCCUGGCCCGCCGACAACUCUUCCUGGCAGCCGUCUUUGAGAAGUGGGACAACGAGUGCUCCGGGUUCCUGGACAUGGAGGAGGUGGAUGCUGUUCUGAGCACCUUUAAGGAAGGGAUGGAGCAGGAGGCGCUGAACAAAGCCAAGCGGCAGCUGCCCGUUCCUCAGUGGCAUCCCAGCGGGGUGGUGAAGCUGGCCCAGAAGGACUUCCAAACCUACAUCGAGCUGGUUGCCUCCGAGCUCACCGGCGACGAGGACGAAGUCCUGGAUAACAUCGUGGAGUUUCUCAUGAUGGAAGUGGAGCGGACCCACACGGAGAGGCUGCGGGGGAGCGCGCGGAGGAAGUGGCUAGCGGGGAUCCAGCGCAUGGCCAUGAUCCACGGAGGGGCCAUGGAACCAGUGUACCAGGCCGUCUUCAAGGCUCUCUGUCGGGACGCAGAUGCCCACGGGGAUGGCAAGAAGAUCGGUGCCUACAUUGCCCUGCUGGAAUAUAACCUCCUCGCUCCCGAACGGGGAGAUGUGCUCCUCCGCUACGUGGCCUGCACAGAAGACGACGCGCCACAUGUCCUAAACCAAACGCUCUUCAUGGACAUGGAAGGAGUCAGUUUUGCAGCAGUGCUGGACGACAAGCCAAUCCACGUUCCCAGAGUUCAGCUGCACGGGAAUAUCCAUUUCUGGAACCGCGGUCGGCCCAAGCGAGAGCAGCAGGGGUCGUUCUUGGUUCUUCCCCUUGAGGAUAUCCGGAGAAGAGUCUUCGGCAUCCUUGGGCUGGACACCCUCCGGGACACGAAUGAACGAACCAUCUUUGUACCCCAUGAAAUCCGUUUCUAUCAGGGGGUGGCAAACUGCUUCAGCAUAGCCUACCACAACAUCCGCACCCAGGCGAGUAUCAUGCAGGUGCUUCUCACUGCCGUGGGAUGGCUCCUGGCACGGACGUCUCACCUCCAGGCCACCACGGUGUACUUCAUGGAGCCCGGCGAAACCAGGAUGUACGAUUAUAUCUUGCGGAAAGUGAUGGCGUCAGAUGCACACGGGCAGGCGGAGACCUACCCUGCUCCAGCUCCUGCGCUCAGCAGAAAAGACGACGUGUUCAGGGAUUAUCUGUUCAAGUGCGUAGACUGCGCCAUGGUGGUUCCUGCCUGCGUGUACGGAGAACGCCACCUUGCCGUUCCCCUGAGGAAUCUAACGGGCCGGGCCAUUGCUGUGUUCGACUUCAGCCUCAGGCCCUGCGAAAAGCUGCCUUCCUACGAGUACAAGGACCUGCAGGGAAUGGUGAAGACGGUGCACGCAGCCAGCUGCGAGAUCCUGAAGGAGGAUGCGGGAGAACUGGAUCCAUCCUAUGUCUUGGAGGCGGAAUACGUCGGGGACCAGCGGCGCGGGGGAGUCCUCUUCUACAGAUUCUUGCUGCAGGACCUGCGGAAGUGCAUCUGGAACCUCGACCCCUGGCUGUCCUUCGGAGGGAUUACGUCCUUCAAGCAGCCGCCGAUCCUCGUGCACGCGAUACUCAAGUGUGUCCUGCUGAUUCUGUAUCCAAAGUGGGCAGGCACAGGGCAGGUGGAAGACUGGGACUGCUGCAUCCAGAAACUCGAUGGAGAACUUAUUGAAAACAUCUGCUACUUUGAUCCCACCGCUGCAUACGUGGAAGUUCAACCAGAAGUUCUUCACGACUGCCUCCAAGGUACAGACAGAAGAGCUGUGUGGAAGUUUGGCUUCGCUCCAUUAGAGCACCUCUACAACUGGACACAUACCUGUCUGUCUCUAAUCGAGCUGGCAAAGAAACUUAAACAUCACCAGAGUAUCGGGGCGUCACCUUCCGUGUUCAUCACCCCUGCACUGUCUCGAUCACUUAAGUCAUUGCAAACUGCAAGGAACUGGACCACGUCUUUGGGUUAAAUUGAUUGUCAGUGUUUACAGCAAAUAUUAGAGGAUUAAAAACUAUUAUUUCUUGCUACUGCUGUGUAGAUGUGUGUACUUAGGUGGAGGUAGAAUCUUUGAUACGAUAUGUGAAAUUCUAUGUCCUUAACCAACCGGGUAGCUUGCUCCCAACUUCCAUUUAAUUCUCGUAAAAGAAAGGAGGGGAGAGAGUUAGGAAAUUUAUAGCUCAUUCCUCUAUCAUGUUUACACAGUUUGCAAAUUAUUAAAAAACAAGCGUAACAAAACGGCUUGUGAAUUG